GCGUACUCUCGCGUUAUUUCUGGGGUGGGUGGUGAAACAGCAUGGCAGCGGUGGUACUCAAGCAUUGUUGGAGAGGACUUUUACACAACUCGGGCAAUGGAACUGUUGGCACUGUCGGGUUCAAGGUUUUCCAGGGUGUUAGACAGAAAUCUACAAUACAGUACAUAUCACGUCCAGAUCUUCCAAAGCUGGCGUAUCGCAGAGUGAAGGGAAAGAGUCCUGGUGUUGUGUUCCUCCCUGGUUAUGGAUCCAACAUGAGCGGCCCGAAGGCAGAAGCCCUGGAGGAGUUCUGCAAGUCACUGGGUCAUGCCUACCUAAGGUUCGAUUACUCUGGUCAUGGCGCUUCUGAGGGUGUAUUUUCUGAAGGCACAAUUGGGACUUGGAAAAAAGACGUUCUGUUCAUGUUGGAUGAACUUGCUGAAGGUCCUCAGAUCCUGGUGGGCUCCAGUAUGGGUGGCUGGCUUAUGCUUUUGGCCGCCAUCGCUCGCCCAGAGAAGACAAAAGCCUUAGUGGGCAUUUCCACAGCAGCAGAUCAUUUUGUUACAGCCUUCAAGGGACUUCCUAUAGAGGUGAGAAAAGAGUGCGAAGACAAGGGUAUUUGGACGAUCCCUACAAAAAGUAACCAGGAGGGCAUUUAUACUGUCAAUAUGGACUUCCUGCAAGAGGCGGAAAACCACUGCAUCCUACAGAGCCCGAUCCCCAUCACCUGUCCCGUGCGCCUCAUUCAUGGCCUGAAGGAUGAGGACGUGCCCUGGCACAUCUCUAUGCAAGUGGCCGACCGAGUGCUAAGCCCCGACGUGGACAUCAUUCUGCGACGCCACGGCCAACACCACAUGACUGAAAAAGAUGACAUCAAACUCAUCGUCUACACCAUCGAUGACCUCAUAGACAAACUUACCACUAUGGUCUGAGACCGCACCAUACUGCCUGCCUUAUGACCCUCUCCUGCUUUCUUUUGCCGAACCCUCUCUUAUGGUUUGGUCUUGUGAGACAAGAAUUAUGGAUAUGGUGGACAAAUAAUAGAGGACAAAAUCUUUUCUUUUACAUGUUUACCACAAUGCUGUGCCAUUUGACCUUUUAGAUAAAGCUGCUGUUUGUCACGUAAAACAAUUGUCUAGAUCUCCGGUGCCUUUUUUUAAAGCAUAUUUCAAACUGUUUUAAAUAGAUAAAGCCUAUGUAUACCAACACACUGUUUUUGAUGGGAAUAUCAAUAUUCUAGAUUCAAACAUAAGCUAAGCAACCAUGACCGCUGACAGUAUUUAGACUAUUCUUAUCACUACAAAAAACUUUUGCAUAUAUUUAUACUUGUAUGACAUAAUUUAAGGGAGCCUAUUAUGCCCAUUUUUACAAUAUAAUAAGUCUCUGAUAUCUCUAGACUGUGUAUUUGAAGUUACUGCUCAAAAUACUUCCCAAAUAAUGUUUUACAGCUAUUUUAAACUUUCCCUUUUAGUAUUUAAUCCUAAUUGUGUCGAUUUGACGAUUGUUGCUUUAAAUUCAAAUGAGCUUGUGCUCCCAGCUCUCAUUUCAAAAGAGGGUGGAGCUACAAAAUGCCUAUGUGUCAGCAUAGUGGCAGAUUCAUAAACAAGACAAAUGUUCUAUGCUAAUGAGCGAGAGAUUGGCUGUUUCUCAAUAUGCGUUCUUCAGUGAUCUUGCGUUCUCGUAUAGCUUCAUCAUCAUCAACCUAAGUUCAGUUCCAAUACCUCCGCAAGAACGGAGGACGCGUGAAACUUCCCGGAUGUGUUCUUGAUAUCGAGGACGCAUGGAUGCAGUCUUGAGCACCGAACUCGUUCUAAAAGUCGCAGAAGUCAUUGCGACUGGAGGUGGAAAGCGCAGCAUUUUAUAAUGAUUUAUUAUUAAAGUUCAGAGAUAUCACUUAUUUAUCUCAGGAGUUUCCCUAAAUGAAACGGUGAAUAUAAACAUUACCAUUAAUCUUAAUAAAGGAAUAAACACAUUAAGGGUGUUUAUUUGCUGAAAUUCGUAUUAAAAUCAGUUUGAUUUAUAUUGUGCAACAUAUAUUUGUGAAGUCUUUAUGCAGAGUAUUUAUUUUGAAAAGGGGAAAAACAAUAAAUCGUUGUAUAUGCUGUAAUGUUUAAAUAAUUUUCCAUUAAAAAUGCGUGAAGGUCAUGUGACCAUCAAGAUGAACACAGCAUCUCAUUUCUCACAGUUCUCUGUUCUCGCAGUCUCCUGAGUUCAUUCUACCGAGGUGACCUGGCUAGACCGUUCUUCACAAGAAGCAAGUCUGUCCUUGGAAUUGAGAAACAGCCAUUGUCACUAAUGGGAGGGGCUUUCCCCCUCAGAUGUCAAUCAAAGUGUUUCUGCUGAAUGUUUUUAUGAAGUGUGAUUCUAAAAUAAAUAAUACGUUUUAACUAUUAGAA